UUCUCACAUAUAAGCGGACCCGGAGUUCUUUCCUCACUUCACCUCUGGUAGCAGACAUGGCUUCCUGCAUCUGUAUUGUCCAUUCUGAGCAAUGGCCAUCCAUGACCUUUGACACCACCGAGAGCGACAAAGUGAAGAAGAUAAACGAACAUAUCAGAUCCAAAACCAAGGUUUCUGUGCAGGACCAGGUCCUUCUGCUAGGCUCUGAGGUCCUCAAGCCCCAGAGGAAGCUGUCAUCUUACGGCAUUGACAAGGACACAACCAUCCACCUCACCCUGAAGGUGGUGAAGCCCAGCGAUGAAGAGCUGCCCUUGUUUCUGGUGGAGUCAAACAAUGAGGGGCAAAGGCACCUUCUCCAAGUUCGAAGAUCCAGUUCAGUGUCCCAGGUGAAAGAGAUGAUCGAAAGUGUGACCGCCGUGAGCCCCAAGACUCAGGUUGUGACUUGCAAUGGAAAGAGGCUGGAAGAUGGAAAGAUCAUGGCAGACUACAACAUCAGGAGGGGCAGUUUGCUCUUUCUGACAGGGCACUGCAUCGGGGGGUGACUGUGGAUGGGUGGUGAGAGGAUCCAAGCCCACUCCCCUUAGCUCUUACCAGUCACACCCUUUGAUGAUUUCCGAAAGCUAAUGAGAAUGAAAUAAAGAUUGGAGAUGAGUGGGGUGGAUCAAAACUAUUUGCCAAGCCUGUGAUUACUUGUUUCUGACAGUUCACUGUGUGGCAGGAUUGCUACCAAAUGAAGAAACUGAAAGGUUAGUUGGGUGUGAUGGUACACACUUUUAACUUCAGGACUUGGGAGGCAGGGACAGGUGGAUCAAUGAGUAAUUGUUGAACCAAAUUGAUUUCUACUUAUAGAGAUUAGAGAAGUAAUGUGUUAUGAUUUUUUUAAAACCCCAACAGCAUCACAGACUAAUAAAUGAUUUAGA